AUGGAUCAUUAUACAGAUAGCUAUCCUACAUUGCAAGAGUCUAACACUUUGGAAGAAAAUGCUGAAAAAGCAAUUCCUCUCCCAUUUCCUCAACGAGCCAUCCAGCCCAACAAGAAAUUCGAAGAGACCGACAAGGAAAUUAUGGAAACCUUUAAGAAGGUGGAAGUUAAUAUACCUUUGUUAGAUGCAAUCAAGCAAAUGCCUAGAUACGCCAAAUUCUUGAAAGAUUUGUGUACCAAUAGAAGACGUUUAAAAGGUAAUGAAAGGGUAAAUAUGGGUAGAAAUGUUUUUGCAUUAUUUGAGAAACAGAGGACAACAAUGCCUGAAAAGUGUAAAGAUCUAGGAACAUUUACUAUUCCAUGCACUAUUGGUAAUAACAUAAUUGAUAAUGCUAUGUUAGAUUUAGAAGCAUCUAUUAACGUUAUGCUUUUGUCCAUUUUUACCUCUUUGUCUCUUGGCCCUUUGCAGUCCACAAGUGUAAUUAUUCAGUUGACCAAUAGGAACACAACACAUCCAGCUGGACUUGUUGAGGAUGUGUUAGUGUGGACUGCAAGAACGAAGAUCGAUGUGCACACUGGAACACUCAUAAUGGAGUUUGGAGACAGUGUUGUCUGCUUCAACAUAAUGGAGUUUGGAGACAGGUUAGAAUGUGAUGCCAUGAGUACAACAAGUACAGUUGAAUCUAACCUUUAUGAUUUAAAUGUUGUGGAGAUUUUAACAAAUGGAAGUGUUAAAUCACUUCCCUCUAUGAAACAACUUCCCACAUUGGAGUUGAAGCCCCUACCUGAGCAUUUGAAAUAUGCUUAUUUGGAAGCAAAAGAGAGGCUCGCGAUUGUUAUUUCAACCAAGCUUGAUGGCAAUCAAGAGAAGAAGUUGUUAAAAGUGAUCAAAAGGCAUAAGAGAGCUAUAGGAUGGACACUUACUGAAAUUCCUCGUAUUAGCCCCUCCAUGUACAUGCAUAGAAUUUUAUUGGAAGAAGGAGCUAAACCAGUGAGGUAA